AUGCAGUCGUCAAACUAUAGCCGUGUGAUGGAGUUCAAGGUCAAAGAUCUGACCGUCAAUAAAUGCCCUCUCGUCCAAGUUUCCGACAGCGCCACUCUAGGAGACGCCUUGAACGCCAUGAAAGUCGUUUUUUGGUAUGAAACCGGUGGCAAACCGAGUAAGAGCGGUGCCUGUGGCUGCGGCGCCAGGCCAAUGGUUGAGACAGGAAGUGCAAAGAAACAGUACAUAGGAAUGGUGACGAUGCUGGAUGUUGUGGCUCACAUCGCCGGAGAGGAUGGGCUUGAUAAGAAAAUGGCUGCUCCUGUCUCUUCUAUCAUUGGUCAUUGCCCUGAGGGUCGCAGCUUGUGGUCUCUCAACCCCAGUUCCAGCAUAAUGGACUGUAUGGAGAUGUUGAGCAAAGGAAUACACAGAGUAUUGGUUCCAUUGGACAGUAACAUAGAGAAUACCCCAGGACCUGAAUUGGUAGAGUCAGCUUCUGCUUACACAAUGCUUACUCAAAUUGAUCUCAUCUCCUUUUUCCUCCACCAGUCCUCCCAUCUUCAACCUAUCCUCUCCCGCACCGUCACUGAUCUCUCCGCUGUAAACCACACCGUUUUGGCUCUCACUAGCCAGGCCAGAGUAAUGGAUGCAAUACAAUGCAUGAGCAUGGCGAUGCUCAGUGCGGUGCCUAUCCUCGAAGCCUCCAGCAAUGAAAAUCAGGACCAUAAACAGCUCGUGGACGGGAAAAACCGGAGAGUUGUGGGGACAUUCUCUGCGAGUGAUCUGAAGGGUUGUCAUUUAGCCACGUUGCGUUCUUGGUUGCCGUUAAACGCGCUGGAGUUCGCUGAGAAGAUCCCAAGAACGCCAUUGUUCCCCCAAGGUCAAGAGAGGGAGCUCGUGACAUGUCACGUGACAAUCAGCUUGGCCCAAGUGAUCCAGAUGGUCACCACGAAACGUGUGCACAGGGUUUGGGUCGUGGACCAGAACAAUGUCCUACAAGGCCUCGUUUCCCUUACUGACAUUAUCGCCGCCGUCCGAUUCGCUUUGAUCUCCUCUGCUCACCAUCUCUAA